CACCGACAUCAUGCUCCAGUUCGUGCUUGGAUUUACUUUGGGCAACAUGAUGGGAACGUAUCUGGCUCAGAACUAUGACAUGCCAAACCUGACUAAAAAGCUUGAUGAGAUGAAAAAGGACCUGGAAGCCAAGAAGAAAUCUCCUAGUUCCUGA